ACUAUAUAUCUCCUCCGCGAAACUCAAACCAGAGCCAAACAAUAGAGCUGAACUAUGCUCGAUGAAGACGACGAAAACUUGACUACGUGAGCCAACUGCCCUUCUCGAUUUCUGUGCCUCCUCGUCUCUCGCAAUGGAGCUUCCGCUCAUAUCGCUAGCCGCUACUACUAGUACUACUUCCACGGCGUCGUUUGGCGGUAAGCUCGGGCUGUGCGAUUUUCCGGUGACGAGAAAGAGGCGGGACGGAGGUAGGGUUUCUGUGCGGCAGGUUAGGGCUUCGGCGGAGCAGAGGAGUAGCGAGGGUAUUAAUGGAAGUGAGGCGGAGAGUGGAAGACGGCGGUUCACGAGUCCUGCCAUGGAGGUCACCACAUUGAAUCCGAGCUUCAAUGAAGCUGAGUAUCCUGUUUGGGAGAAGAUUGGUGCUGUUGUUAGACUUAGUUAUGGAAUUGGUAUAUAUGGUGCAAUGGCUUUAGCGGGUAGAUUUAUAUGCUCAACGAUGGGUAUCGAUAUCGUGGGAGGUUUCGAGUUAAAUUUAGAUGCAAUUGUACAAGGGCUUGGAUAUGCAGCUCCACCAAUCAUGGCGCUUCUUUUUAUACUCGAUGAUGAAGUUGUAAAGUUAUCACCUCAUGCACGUGCAAUUAGAGACGUAGAGGAUGAGGAGCUGCGCAGUUUCUUUUAUGGAAUGUCACCAUUGCAGUUCAUACUAAUUGUUACUGCAAGCUCUUUGGGAGAGGAACUUUUCUACAGGGCUGCUGUUCAGGGAUCAUUAGCCGAGAUAUUUUUGAAGGGAACAGAUCUGGUGACAGACAUUCGAGGAAUGGCAUCUCUGUCUGGGGUUCUACCCCCAUUUGUCCCAUUUGCUCAGGCAUUUGCAGCAGUGAUCACAGCUGCUCUUACAGGUUCUUUGUACUAUGUGGCUGCCUCUCCAAAAGAUCCUGCUUAUGUAGUUGCACCAGUUUUACAAUCUCGCUCUGGUCGUGAAGAUCUGAAAAAGCUGUUUGCAGCUUGGUAUCAGAGAAGGCAAAUGAAGAAGAUAUACUCUCCCCUUCUUGAAGGACUUUUGGCCCUCUAUCUCGGUUUUGAGUGGAACCAGACGAAUAAUCUUCUUGCACCUAUGAUCACCCACGGCAUAUAUUCUGCUGUGAUAUUGGGUCAUGGCCUUUGGAAGAUACAUGAUCAUCGUAAACGACUACAUCAGAGAAUCGAGCAGCUUAAAGAACAAAGUAGAGAGUAGAUAGAAUCAUGAAGGAGCUUUACAGUGUGGAAUCACCAAAUGUGGUGCAAAUUUGUAAAUUACAUAGCAGGGCAAAUGUUACUUGUAUUAUAUAUUAACGUAAGUUAAAAAUUCAGGUAUAUAUGCACGCUUUAUAUCAGUUUAAUACAUAGAGGCUUAGUUCUUGUA